AUGUCAGCCGUCUCUGUAGGCCUGGACGGACCAGACCUUCCAGUGCUGGACACCCGCUGUAGGUGUUUGAUGUCCAUUAAUUUGGUAUUUAUUUUCCAGUAUGUCCUGUCUGUCCUGAAAUUUACCUACCCUACCCUUUUCCAAGGGUGGCAGACAUUAGUGGGUGGACUUCUGCUUCAUGUCUCCUGGAAGCUGGGCUGGGUGGAGAUAAACUUGUGUUCAAGGUCUGAAAUCCUGUCAUGGCUUCCUGCUUCAGUACUGUUUGUGGGCGUUAUUUAUGCUGGCUCUAGGGCACUGUCUAGAUUGCCAAUCCCGGUGUUCCUCACUGUGCACAACGCGGCGGAAGUUAUAACCUAUGGGUUCCAGAAGUUUGUGCAGAAAGAGCAGACCUCUCAUCUGAAAGUCUGUAGUGUACUGUUCCUCCUGGUAGCAGCAGUGUGCCUUCCUUUAUGUGACACACAGUUUGAUCCAAACGGUUAUUUGUGGGCUCUCAUUCACUUGAUCUGUGUCGGGGCUUACAAAGCAUUUCACAAGUUACGGAAACCUAGCUCUUUAAGUGAUCUGGACCAACAGUACAUCAACUAUGUAUUCAGUGUGGUGCUGUUGGCCUCUGCAUCCCAUCCAGCAGGUGAUCUCUUCAGUGCCUUGGACUUUCCAUUCCUAUACUUCUACAGGUUUCAUAGCAGCUGCUGCGCCAGUGCACUGUUGGGAUUCUUUCUGAUGUUGCACACAGUGAAGCUAAAAAGCAGCACAACCUCAGGGCAAUAUGCAGCAUGGAGUUUCCUUGCAAAGGGUAGCACAGGGUUUGUCCUGGGACCCGUCCUGUUGAACGUCUUUAUUGAAGAAUCAGAGGUGAUGCAGUGCACUUGUGUUUGCACAGGACGCUGA